CAGGGCAGCAAGGGCCCGUCCAUCCGCCACCGCGGCGAGUGGCUCACGCCCAACGAGUUCCAGUUCGUCAGCGGCCGCGAGACCGCCAAGGACUGGAAACGCAGCAUCCGCCACAAAGGGAAAAGUCUGAAGACGCUCAUGUCCAAGGGCAUCCUGCAGGUGCACCCUCCCAUCUGCGACUGCCCAGGCUGCCGAAUCUCCUCCCCCGUGAACCGGGGGCGGCUGGCAGAUAAGAGGACCAUCGCCCUGCCUCCUGCUCGGGUCCUGAAGAAGGAGCCAGCCCCCGGCUUCCUGGUGAGAGAUGGCACCUGUGACGGGAGCGGCCCGGCCUGCAGGCGGCGGCCAGCUCUGAAGCGCGAGGACGACGUUCGAGUCAGUAUCAUGAAGAGAAGGGUCCACACUCACUGGGACGUGAACAUCUCCUUCCGAGAGACAUCCUGCAGCCAGGACAGUGACCUCUCCACCCUCAUAUCCAGUGUGCACCGCAGCCGCCACCUCGUGAUGCCGGAGCCCCAGAGCCGCUGCGAAUUCCAGAGAGGUGGUGCAGAGCUGGGUCUGGGAGCUGCAGGUGACCGGUUGGGCAAGAGACUGAGCUCCUCCCCCCACAUCAGUAUUGACUGCCCUUCGGAGAAGAAGGCCCGAAGCCAGUCCCCUGCAGGGCCUCUGCUGUUGCCAGAGCUUGGGCCGGGCAUGGCCCCCGAGGAGCAUUACCGCCGCCUUGUGUCUGCGCUCAGUGAGGCAGGCACCUUUGAGGAUCCCCAGCGUCUCUACCACCUCGGCUUGCCCGGCCAUGAUCUCUUGAGGGUCCGGCAAGAGGUAGCAGCUACAGCUGUGAGGAACCCCAGCAGCCUGGAAGUCCACUUGCCCUCGUCCACGACAGGUCCGCGUCGGAAGCAAGGCCUGGCCCAGCACCGGGAGGGCAUCGCCCCAACCGUUACCCCGUCCUUCCCUGAGAGGGAGCUGUCGCAGCCGCCCCCCUUGCUGUCGCCGCAGAAUGCCCCGCACAUCGCCCUGGGCCCCCACCUCAGGCCUCCCUUCUUGGGGGUGCCCUCUGCUCUGUGCCAGACCCCAGGGUACGGCUUCCUGCCUCCGGCGCAGGCGGAGAUGUUCGCCCGGCAGCAGGAGUUGCUGCGGAAGCAGAACCUGGCCCGGCUGGAGAUGUCGGCUGAGCUGCUGCGGCAGAAGGAGCUGGAGAGCGCGCCCCGCCCGCAGCUGCUGGCGCCCGAGCCCGCCCCGCGACCGCCCGACGGCGCCGAAGAGCUGCAGCGGCGCGGGGCCAUGCUGGUGCUGAGACACAGUUCGGCGCCGCUGCUGGCGCUGCCCCCGCAGGGCCCUCCCACCCCUCCCCGGGAGCCUAUUCGCCGCCGCACCGCCCGCAAAGGGGAAGCAGGCCCCGCUCCAGCCCGGCCCAGUGAAUCCAAGGAGACCACACCGGCCGGGCUCUGGGCCCAGGAUGGCUCUGAAGACGAGCCCCCCAAGGAUUCCGAUGGAGAGGAAACGGAGACAGUGGCUUUGGGGAGCCGGGGCCCCACCCCAGGCCAAGCCCCAGCCGGAGGGACCGCUGCUGAGGGGCAGGGAAUGCCCCCUGCAUUGCCCCUGGGCCUCCCCUACACUGUCAGCCCCUACUUUCACACAGGCGCUUCCGGGGGACUCUUCACAGACAGGGAGGAGGCCUCGGCCCCUGAAGAUGUCAGCAAGUGGACCGUGGAUGAUGUGUGCAGCUUUGUGGGGGGCCUGUCUGGCUGUGGGGAGUAUGCACGGGUCUUCAGAGAGCAGGGGAUCGACGGGGAGACUCUGCCCCUGCUGACCGAGGAUCACCUUCUGACCACCAUGGGGCUUAAGUUGGGGCCCGCACUUAAGAUCCGAGCACAGGUGGCCAGGCGCCUGGGUCGAGUCUUCUACAUGGCCAGCUUCCCUGUGGCCCUGCCACUGCAGCCACCACCCCUGCGUACCCCUGACCGAGAGCUCACCGCUGGGGAGCAGUCCCCGUCUCCAGAAACAACCAGCUCCCCCUUUGGCCGAACUUCACCUCAGCAGGAGGAUGGAACCUCCACCCAGCUCCCAGGGGCUGCAGACCCCGCCCAGCCUCUGUGCUGAGCCUGAAAACCCCCACCCCCAUGAGAAACUCUUGCAACCCCCCUGCUCCUGGCUCAUUUCUCCUUUUGGAUUUGGAUGCAAAGUACCAGACGUGGUAACAGUGAGAGAAAACGUGACUUAGUAAAGGAACAAGACCCAGAGAGGGACUGGGGGGGUGUUAUUGAGUCCAGAGGCCUGCUUGUGCCUCGGACCCCAGGGACGGGGUCCCUGCACCCAGACAGCAACAGACAAACCAAAGACAGGGGGUGCCAUGGAUCACUGCUCCCCUGGAACUGGACCUGCUGGGGGACCUUGUUCAACCUGCCACCAGAAUCAGGGCGGUCCUUUCUUCGUUGGGGGGACUGCAGGGCCAGCUCAGCGGUGUGGCGGUGUGUCCCUGUCGCCGGGCCAUUGUCCUGGGGUCGGCCCAGCUUUUGGUACAUUUGGUCUUUAAUGUUGUAAAAAUAAAGUCCUGUCACAGUC